AGUGUGGAACGACAAGGGCGAGCAAAAUUUCACACAAUUUAAGGAAAGUUAAAUGGACAUUUUGUGACUUCUUCUACUCUGUUAGGUGUCUUCAGAAAACACAAUGGAUGAGGAGGAGGGAUAUAUGAUUGGUGAAGAAGAGGAGGAAGAGGAUGAUAUUGGUUCGAGUGAUUUUGAGGGACAUUUUGAGAUGGAAGAUGAAGAAGGUUCUUCGCACCGCGAUCAGCAAGACGAUGAUUUUCACUAUGAAGUUUUAACUCCCGACGACAAUGUACAACUCAUGGUAGACACAAUUCGAGAAGUAAAUGCUGUUGUUGAAAUUCCUGCAACGGUCACCAGAAUUCUUCUGAACCAUUUCAAAUGGGACAAAGAGAAGCUAAUGGAGAGGUUCUACAGUGAAGACCAGGAUAAGCUGUUCAGCGAGGCACAUGUCGUCAGUCCAUACAAGAAAACACCAGGAAGGCACUCAAACAGGGUGGCAACAAGGUCAUCUGGACCCGUCUUAGAACCCUGUGAGAUCUGCUGCAGGAACGUUAUUAGCACUACUAUGACGGGGUUAGAAUGCGGUCAUAGAUUCUGUAUGGACUGCUGGACGGAGUAUCUCACAACGAAGAUCAUGGAAGAAGGAAUGGGGCAGACGAUAUCAUGUGCAGCUCAUAGUUGCGACAUUCUUGUUGACGAUUACACUGUUAUGAAACUAGUAAAAGAUGCGAAGGUGAAGCUAAAAUACCAGCAUCUAAUUACCAAUAGCUUUGUGGAGUGCAAUCGACUGAUGCGUUGGUGUUCCGCACCAGACUGUCCCAAUGCGUUCAAGGCUAGUCAUCAAGAAGUACGGCCGGUCACUUGCAAAUGUGGCCAUGUGUGUUGUUUUGUGUGUGGAGAGAACUGGCACGACCCUGUGAAAUGCAAGUGGUUAAGGAAAUGGAUCAAAAAGUGCGAUGAUGACAGUGAAACGUCAAACUGGAUAUCAGCCAACACAAAGGAGUGUCCGAAGUGUCAUGUGACCAUUGAGAAGGACGGCGGCUGCAACCACAUGGUUUGUCGCAACCAAAACUGUAAAGCUGACUUCUGUUGGGUUUGUCUCGGGCCUUGGGAGCCACACGGGUCAUCAUGGUAUAACUGUAACAGGUAUGAUGAAGACGACGCUAAGAAAGCCAGAGAUGCCCAAGCACGGUCGAGGCAAGCGUUAGAGAGGUACCUGUUUUAUUGUAACCGAUACAUGAACCAUAUGCAAAGUUUACGCUUCGAAAACAAGCUGUACAUACAGAUCAUGAAGAAGAUGGAAGACAUGCAGCAGCACAACAUGUCUUGGAUUGAGGUGCAGUUCCUUAAGAAAGCCGUAGACGUCUUAUGCCAGUGCAGGAGCACCCUCAUGUACACAUAUGUAUUCGCCUUUUAUCUCAAGAAGAACAACCAAUCGCUUAUAUUUGAGGAGAACCAGAAAGACUUAGAAAAUGCAACUGAAACUUUGUCCGAGUACCUGGAAAGAGACAUCAGUAGCGACUCCUUGGCCGAUAUCAAGCAAAAAGUCCAAGAUAAAACGAGGUAUUGUGAAAGCAGGCGAAAGGUUUUAUUAGAGCACGUCCACGAAGGUUACGAGAAAGAUCUAUGGGAAUACCACGAGUAGAUCCCUAACUUACGCAACUCUUCCUUCUUGUCUAUAAAUAUUUCUCACCACUCCCCCCCCCCCCACCCGUUCCCUCCUGCUGCUGCAUUGAUAUUGUGGGGUCGUAGGAGAUGUCGAGCGUGACUGCCAGGGACGUUUGAACUGUACAGUAGAUUGUGAACUCCUUGGCAUUGAGGUUGAUAAUGUUUGUAUACCAGUGUUCAAGUAAGGCUGACUUUGACCUGGGCCCAAUUUCAUAGAGCUGCUUAAGCAAAAAAUGUUGCUUAAGCAAAAAAUUCAUUGCUUAG